CCCACCACCUCCACGCCACUCCUCCACCACUCCUCCCUGCUAACUUGAGACCAACCCCGGAUGUGUUUAUUGCUUCCAUUCCCAACAUCAUCAGCGGCAUCAUCAACAUCAUCAUAAACGGCAUCAACAACAUCAUCAGCGGCUGACAACCGAAUUGGUGGUCGUGCCGCGUCUUCAUGCGUGAGCCGGAAGCCACCGGCACCCCACGUGGACGUCGCCGCUGAUCACCACCACCGCUACCAGGCGCGCUGAGACAACGCCGCUCACCUGCGUCUCUCCCUCUCUUAGCUGGCUGGCGUCACCGCCACCACCGCUACCACCACCAUCAACCACCGCUACCAUCAUCACAUCACCGCCACCACCACCAUCAACCACCGCUACCAUCACACCACCGCCACCACCACCAUCAACCACCGCUACCAUCAUCACACCACCGCUACCGCCACCAUUAACCACCGCUACCAUCAUCAACCACCGCCACCACCGCCGUCGCCACCAGCAUCAAGCAGCGCCAGCAUCGCCAGCGCCAUUUCCUCGUCGUGCAAGUGGCGAGGAUCUUCACCCUCCAACCCGGGGACUGCGCGGGCACGAAUCGCCUGCCGCUGAUGCCCCAAGUGUCUGCCGAGACAUGCAGGCGUCGGAAACCUGUCGAAGCGUCCUGUCCAGCAUCUCCAGCCGGUUCUCCGGGGACCACCGCGCGACUUCUGUCGAACCUCGGCUCGACCACCACGAGCACCACCACCACCACCACCAGCACCGCAAGGUCGUGCCGCGGAAUGGAACGCUCGACGCCGAGUGGGAGAGGCUCACGAAGCGCUUGCCGGGGAAUGAGAUCCGCACCACCAAGUACACGCUGCUCAGCUUCCUGCCCAAGAACCUGUUUGAGCAGUUCCACAGGUUCGCCAACGUCUACUUCCUCUUCCUGGUGGUUCUCAACUGGGUGCCGCUGGUGGAGGCGUUCCAAAAGGAGAUCACCAUGAUCCCCCUAGUGGUGGUGCUCGGAGUCAUCGCCGUCAAGGACGGCCUCGAGGACUUCCGGCGCUAUGCCAUGGACCGCGUCGUCAACAACGCCGGCACCGCCGUCUACGAGCGGUGCGCCGGCACGUUCACGGAGCGCGCGUGGAAGUCGGUGCGCGUGGGCCACCUCGUCCGCCUGCGCUGCAACGAGGCGGUGCCGGCCGACGUGCUGCUGCUGGCGUCCAGCGACGCCGCGGGGAUCUGCCACCUGGAGACGGCCACGCUGGACGGGGAGAGCAGCCUGAAGCAGCGCCACGUCGCACGCGGCCUGCAGACCGCGGGCCGCCCGUUUGACCCGCGCUCCUUCACCAGCAGCGUGGAGUGCGAGAGCCCCACCAACGACCUGGAGCGAUUCCGUGGCUUCAUGAUCCACGCGAGUGGCCGCAAGGUUGGGCUGAACAAGGAAAACUUGCUGCUGCGGGGCUGCACGUUGCGCAACACGGAGGAGGCCGUGGGCAUGGUCAUCUAUGCCGGUCACGAGACGAAGGCGAUGCUGAACAACAACGGGCCGCGGUACAAGCGCAGCAAGCUGGAGCAGCGCAUGAACACCGACGUCAUGUGGUGUGUGCUGCUGCUCCUCGCCAUGUGCCUGCUCGUCGCGUGCGGGCACAGCGUUUGGCUGGCGACCUACGGAGACGUCCGCCCCCCCUUUGACGUCCCCGACCGCCAAGGGGAUCACCUGCCCCCCCCCCUCGCCGGCUUCUACAUGUUCUGGACCAUGAUCAUCGUCCUGCAGGUGAUGAUCCCGAUCUCGCUGUACGUGUCCAUGGAGAUCGUGAAGCUGGGCCAGGUUUACUUCAUCCACCGCGACGUGGCGCUGUACGACGAGCGCAGCGACUCGCGGCUGCAGUGCCGCGCGUUCAACAUCACCGAGGACCUGGGCCAGGUGCAGCACCUGUUCACCGACAAGACCGGCACGCUCACCGACAACAAGAUGGUGUUCCGGCGCUGCGCCGUCGCCGGCACCGAGUACCCGCACCGGGAGAACGCUCUGCGGAUCGCCACGCGCCACGACUCCGACUCCUCCGACUCGGAGGAGGCGGAGGAGCGCGGGGACGGCGGCGGUGCCGACGGCACGGCGCCGGGCGCCGGGCAGCGCGUGCGCCGGACUCGCAGCUCCCGACUGGCGCCGGCGUCGUCGUCCAGCCUCACCCGGCACGAGCGGUCGACGCACGCGGCGUUCAGCAGCCCGCUGGAGAAGGAGGUGACCCCUGACCCGCGGCUGCUGGCGAGGGUCGAGUGCGGCGUGGCGGCCGUCGUCUCGGCGGCGCCCGCGGCGGCGCCGGAGGGGGCGGGGGCCGCCGCCGCCCCUCCCCCGGAGGGCGGCGACGCCGCCGUCGACUUCUUCAUCACGCUGGCGCUGUGCAACACCGUGCUGGUGUCGUCUCGCGGCGGCCCACCCCGCGAGGCCGGCGUCGCCACCGAGCAGCGGUUUUCGCUGCGGAAGAUCGAGGUGCUGCUCAGGAAGCUCAAGAAGCGGGAGGGCGGCUCGUCCGGAGCGGACUCCGCCCAGGGUCAGAGUUCAACUCCGCCGGCACUUGCCGGGGAGGCCGCUCCGGAAGGAGGCCUUGACGCGGACCGCGGCAACGCAAACGCCGCGCCGGCCGCGCCCGAGCGGCGCUCUCCCACGCGGGAAGCCGCCGCCGCGGAACGCUCCGGGCGCGCCGCCCGGCCCGAACAAGGCGGCGACGAAACCGCGGCGACCGCCGAUUCGGAGACGGCGGCGGCGCGACCGGGCGGCGGCGCGGCCCGGACCGCGAAAUCCGGAGAGCCGCGGUCCGCGGACGACGACGGCGACGACGGCGACGACGGCGGAGACGACGACGCGACGGACCUGGAGUACCGGGCGGAGAGCCCUGACGAGGCGGCGCUGGUGUACGCGGCGCGAGCCUACGGCUUCACCCUCGUGGCGCGCCGCCCCAGGAGCGCCACGCUGCUGCUCACGCGGUCGCCGGCGGGGGGAGAUGCGGAAACCCUCGCGGGAGGUGGAGUUGGAGGAGGUGGAGUUGGAGGAGGUGAAGUUGGAGGAGGUGGAGUUGGAGGAGUUGGAGGAGGUGGAGUUGGAGCAGGAGGGGGGGGAUGUACGCUGACCUUCGAGGUGCUGCACGUGCUCGGCUUCGACUCGCUGCGCAAGCGCAUGUCGGUGGUGGUGCGGCACCCCCUCACCGGGGCCGUGGCGCUCUACGCCAAGGGCGCCGACUCGGCCAUCCUGCCCACGCUGCGGCCCCUGUCCCGCGACUCGAGGCUGGACAAGCAGCAGCAGAAGAUCCGAGAGAAGACGGAGUUCUACCUCAACUCGUACGCCCGCGACGGCCUGAGGACCCUGUGCAUCGCCAAGAGGGCGCUGAGCGAGGAGGCGUACGCCGAGUGGCGGAGCGGCCACAUGGAGGCCGAGGCGGCCAUCGAGAGCCGCGAGCUGCUGCUGCAGCAGUCGGCGCUGAGGAUCGAGACGGAGCUGGAGCUGCUGGGAGCGACGGGCGUGGAGGACCGUCUGCAGGAGGGCGUGCCGGACACGGUGUCGGCGCUGCGUGCCGCCGGGCUGCACGUGUGGGUGCUCACGGGCGACAAGCGCGAGACGGCGGUGAACGUGGCGACGGCGUGCCGCCUCGUGUGGCCCGGCGACGUCGUCUGCACCGUCAACGCCACAUCCACGAGCGGCUGUGCCGAGCAGAUCGAGCGGCUGCUCCGGAACGUGCCGGAGGCCACCACCGCCGACGGAGGCGUCUCCCGCACCACCGCCCCGGUUGAAGCGUCGUCGGACUUUCACCACUACCAGCAGCAGGGCCGCCGGUGCUGCCUGGUGGUGGAGGGCCCGGCGCUGGCGCUGGUGAUGGAUGACGCGGCGCUGCAGGGCCGCUUCCUGGCGGCGGCGAGCGCCAGCGCCGUGGUGAUCUGCUGCCGUGCCACGCCGCUGCAGAAGGGCCAGAUCGUGCAGCUGGUGCGCGACCGGCUGCACGUGCGCACGCUCGCCAUCGGCGACGGAGCAAACGACGUGAGCAUGAUCCAGGUGGCCGACGUGGGGAUCGGCAUCUCGGGGCAGGAGGGGAUGCAGGCCGUGAUGUCGAGUGACUUUGCCAUCGCGCGCUUCUCCCACCUGCGGCGGCUGCUGCUGGUGCACGGCCACUGGUGCUACACACGGCUCGCCAACAUGGUGCUCUACUUCUUCUACAAGAACGCCGCGUUUGUGUUUCUCCUCUUCUGGUACCAGUUUGUGUGCGGCUUCUCCGGCAACUCCAUGAUGGACCAGUGGCAGCUGGUCCUCUUCAACCUGCUCUUCACGUCGGCGCCGCCGCUGGUGGCGGGCCUGCUGGACCGCGACGUGCCGGCAGCCGCGCUGCUCGCCCGGCCGCACCUCUACCGCGCCGGCCAGGACUCGGCGGAGUACUCGCCACGCUUGUUCUGGCUCACCAUGCUGGACGCCGCCUACCAGAGCGCCGUCUGCUUCCUGCUGCCCUACUACGCGUACGCCGACUCUGAUGCAGGGGUGUUCACGUGGGGCACCCCCAUCACCACCAUCGCCCUCUUCACCAUCCUCGGACACCUCGCAAUCGAGACCAAGACAUGGACGGUGUUCCACUGGCUGGUGACGCUGGGCAGCGUGCUGCUCUACGCCGGCUUCUCGCUGGCGUGCGGCGCUCUGUGCGUGCGCUGCAGCCCCCCCGCCAACCCGCUGGGCAUCGCGCAGCGCACGCUGCUGGAGCCGCGAGCCCACCUGGUGGCAAUCAUCACGCCCGUCACAGCGCUGCUGCCCAGGUUCCUGUACCGCGCCCUGCAGGGGACCGUCUUCCCGACGCCGGCCCAGCUGGCCCGUCAGCAGCGCCCCCCCGGCCUGGCGGCUCGUCUCCCCGACGACUCCCAGCGCAGCACCGCGUCGGAGACGCCGCUCCUGGCGCCCGACGGGCCCCGGGAAGCGCCGUCCGUCGAGCUCGAGCGUUCGCUCUCCUCCUCCGAGGUCACCGUCAGCGGCACGGCGGACGGGCGGAGCUCGCGGAACAGCAUCAUCUGACGAGCGCGGUUCUAUUUUUAUUUUAUUUUCUUUUUCUUCCCGAACAAAGUUCACGCCGGUCGCCUGUCGGCGUCCCGGGAGAUUCGUUCGGGGGGAAAAAAAACUCUGGCAGCGCGGCAGCAACCCCCCCAACCCCCCCCGCCCCAUCCCCCAACCCCCCCCCCCCGUCCCCUUCUUCCGUAGUUGAGCGGUGGCCGUAGAAGCGGACGUCGAGGAGCUACGGCUGAGAUCCCCCCUCCCCCACACGCAUGGUGGGUGCGGUGGAGUGACGCGCCACGCUCCGCUCGCUCGGCCGUAGCGCCGGAAUCCGUCGUGUGAUGGUCAAACCGGCGCGGCUUUUAAUCCCCUCUGAGCUGGAAUUUAACCAAAUCAAGCGCAGCACCGAAUUUCAUGACAGGGCUGAGAUAACGUGCAUGACUGCAUUGAGAACUCGGUUCACGCGAGUCUGUGGGUCUCUGUGUGAGUCUGUGGGUCUCUGUGUGAGUCUGUGGGUCUCUGUGUGAGUCUGUGGGUCUCUGUGUGAGUCUGUGGGUCUCUGUGUGAGUCUGUGGGUC